AUGGAGUGGCGCAGUCGGUAUUCAGAAGCCUUCUUGGCUACUACGAAACGUCGCACUAUCCUUAUCAUAACAGCGUUCCUCUUUCUGGCGACUUUCGUCUGGUACCGACAACCAGUCACUGUGCACAACGUGGGCAGUAAUGUGCCUGGACGAAAGUUGCAUUAUGGUGGCCUAUUCAACGGGACAUGGGACUACCAAAGGGACAAAGAUAAUUUAUUGUUUGACCAAGGGGAAUGCGAGCAAGCAUUUCCAGCGCUUUUCGAUGAAAUUGAACGAGCAAAGCGCGACCGCCAAUCUCGUCCAAUUACCUUGAAAGAAAUAAACUCAAUCACCCCAAAGAAUGGGUAUGUUCGAGCCAUGAUUUACGACCAACAACUUUACGUGAUUGCCACGGAAGGUCACAUCUAUUCUCGUGAAAUUGCUACGCUCCAUUCUUUGCACCGAGCUAUCAUAUCGUCGCCUGAAAAACUGCCCAAUAUUGAAUUCGCUUUCAACUCAGAUGAUCGGAUCGAAUCGGUUGCUCUUUGGGGGUAUGCUCGCCAGGAGGAGGAUACGAAUAUUUGGCUUAUCCCCGAUUUUGGGUAUUGGUCCUGGCCGGAGACCAAAGCCGGUUCAAUGAAGGAAGUCGAGUUGAAAGCCGAAUGGGCUGAAGAGGCGGAGGGCUUAUCAUGGUCCAACAAAACCCAGAAGAUCCUAUGGCGGGGCGCAACCAUGGGGUUGGAAUUGCGAGAGAAACUCAUAGAAGUGGCAGCUAAUCAACCAUGGGCCGACGUAAAGGCUUUGAACUGGAAAGACCACGACAGCAUGACACAUGACCUCAACUCAAUGUCCGAGCAUUGCGAGUACAAAUAUUUGGCUCAUACUGAAGGGAAUUCAUAUUCCGGUCGGCUGAAAUACUUGCAAAGCUGUAGAAGCGUGAUUGUAGCCCAUGAGAUAGCCUGGAUCCAACAUCAACAUCCACUUAUGCAGUCUUCGGGUCCUGAUCAAAACUUUGUUACGGUCAAGCGCGAUUUCUCGGACCUUCAGGCCAAGAUAGCAUGGCUGCAAACACAUGACGAGGAUGCCCAGCGUAUAGCGAACAACAACGUCAAAACGUUUCGGGAGCGUUAUCUUACCCAAGCGGCCGAGGUUUGCUAUUGGCGUCGGCUGAUUGAGAAAUGGGCUGAAGUCAGCGAUUUUGAGCCGGAGUUUUUCAAAUUGGAAAAAGGAAAGAAGGGUUGGAGAGGUGUUCCAGUGGAAUCGUUUCUUCUGGAGAGAAGGUUGGAUUGGGAUCCUUACUGA